CCUGGGCCCGCGCCCGCAGAGCAUGGGGCCCUGCGUGUCCCUGGGUGGACCGUGCUCUUCCAGGGCGAGAGGGCCGGCCUGACGUACCGCGUGCCCUCAAUGCUGCCCGUGCCUCCCGGGCCCACCCUGCUGGCCUUCGCGGAUCAGCGGCUGAGCCCCGACGACGCCCACGCCCACCGCCUGGUGCAGAGGACCGGCAUGCUGGCUGGGGGCUCCGUGCGGUGCGGCGCCACGCGCGUGCUGGGUACAGCGGUCCUGGACGAGCACCGCUCCAGGGACCCCUGCCCGGUGCACGUCGCGCGCACGGCCAGCUUACUCUUCAUCGCCGUGCGCGGCCGCACCCGCGAGGCCGCGCAGAUCGCUGCGGGCGAGAACGCCGCGCACGUCUGCGGCGUGACCAACCGGGAGGCGGGGCGCAGCUGGGGUGGCGCGCGGGACCUCACGGCGGAGGCGGUGGGCGGCGCCGAGCAGGACUGGGCCACGUUUGCCGUCGGCUCCAGCCAUGGCAUCCGGCUGUGCUUGGGCCGCCUGCUGGUGCCGGCCUACACGUACCACGUGGACCGGCGAGAGUGCUUUGGUGAGAUCUGCGAGACCGGCCCCCACUCCUGCCGCACCUGGCACCACGGGGGCCUCAUGCCCAACCUGCGCUCGGGCGAGGACCAGUUGGCGGUGGUGGACAGGGGGCAGGCCGGUGCCAUCCUCUACUGCAGUGCCUGGAGCCCUCUGGGCAGACACGUGCAGGUGCUCAUUGUAGACGAGGGCGCCUCCUUCCUGCCUGGGGAGCUGGUGCUCGCCCUGGCCGGGGCCGCCGGGGGCUGCCAGGGCAGCAUUGUGGGCUUUCCGGCCCCGCCCUCCAGCAGGCCGGAGAAUGAGGGGUGCUCCAUGGGUACCAGGAACACCCUCCACCCUCCACACCUCUGCCCUGGGCCCCAGGAACCCCCAGAGAAGGAGGGCGCUGGAGAUACCCGAGGGGGCGGGGGGCUGGGUGGGAUGGAGGGAUGUGGGGAUGGCUCCGGUGAGCCCGGCCCAGGGCCUGGGUUUGAGGGGAACAGGGGGACCUGGACCCCCGAGCUCCCGGUCCCCUCGGCCUUGUCUCAGAGCCCCACGUGGCUGCUGUAUUCCCACCCGGUGGGGUGCAGGGCACAGCUGCACAUGGGCAUCUGCCUGAGCCGGUCGCCCCUGGACCCCCACAGCUGCCCGGAGCCCUGGGCGAUCCACGAGGGCCCCAGUGGCUACUCUGACCUGGCGUCCAUCAGGCCCACCCCCGAGAGAGCCCUGACCUUCGCCUGUCUGUAUGCGAGUGGGACCGGGGUCUCCUGUGAGGAGAUCUCCUUCUGCAUGUUCUCCCUGCAGGAGGCCCUGGGGAACGUUGGGGCGGGCACCGGGCAUCCCAGCCUUGGGGACGAGCCUCUGGGGCGCUGCUGGCCCUCCUGAUGGGCCUCUGGCCAGGCCUGGCCCCGGGUGCCCAGGAGGAGCGGGGAGGGGAGCAGGGGCGGAGGAUGCUGGGAGGUGGCAGGGUGGGGGCGUCGGUGUGACCCCAGGCCUGGACGGGGCUCCAUCCUGGAGAGGCGCCUUUGCUCCUUGGCUUCUCCAUGGAGGUUCGUGAGGGUGAGUGUUUGUGUGGGACCUCAUUGAAUUUCACAGAAGCUCAGUUGUAACGGUCUCCAAGCAGGGUUGGUCUUUAGGAAGGAGGUGUACAGCCGGAAGGGAGGGUGGCCUGGAUGGCCCAGGGUGGACGGGCGGCUGGCCCUGCAUGGCCCACCCCUCCCCCUCCCAAGGCCGACAGCAGGGGCUGGGGCGUGUGGUGGUGGGAGCGUGGCGCUGGGAUCCUUCGCUUGGCCCGCAGUGCUUGGUCGCCUGUACCAUUUUCCUCUUUCCUCUUGCUCUGCUGGCUUUUUUCUGGCUUAUGAACAAGAAAUAAAGGGAUCCUGCGUGUCUGUCCAGGGCUGUCUCUCCUCAGUUCUUUCCACGUCGAAGCCUGGGGAGGGUCCCCAGUGCUCUAGCCACGUCACUGUGGGGUCUGCCCCCCUUAGCUAGACUCUCCAGUGCUGGGGGCUGCCAGCCAUGGGGCAGGGGGACAGGCAAAGCCUUCUCUGCGCGGCAGCCCCAGACGUGCCUGGUCUGCACUGCCGGCCGGCGGGGCCGGUGGGGAGCGCGGUGGCUGCCCCUCCCUGGAUGGGUCACCUCCCAGGACCGGCCCUCUGUGCCCUCGUGGAAGCACCUUCUUAUUUCCUCUUCUUUGUAACAUCUUCUUUCUGGUUACAAAAAUAAAAUGUGUUCAUUGUAGAAAAUUUGGGAAAUGUAUAAAACUAUAAAGAAAAAAGUGACCCACGCAUAUCCUUCUGCCCACCACAACUAUGAUUAUCUUUUCGGCAUUUCUUUCUGAUUCCUUGAAGAAAUUCUUUUUAAAAACAUAUGACUUCAUUUUAGCACGUUAUCACCCUUCCCAGCAGCUCUGUUUACGGCCCCGAUGCUCCAUGAUGAGGACCCUGCAGGGCGACCUUCUGGGGCUGGUCAGUUUCCCCAGUUGCCGGUCAUGCGUGAUGAGCAUCUCUGAGGUGUCCCUGGAUGGCCCCAGUUUCUGUCACCUCCUUAGCCUGGAUUCCGGAACAGCAUGACAUCUUACAUGGUCUUCCCCAAGGGUGGGGACGUGCAGGAAGGCUCUGAGCAGUGGAGGCCCAAGGGUCCCCAGGGAACUCAGAACAGCCAGUCCCCUGGGAGCCGGGAGACACCCCCCCCACCGCUUAUUGCUCUCUUUCACUGUCAGCCGUCCCUGCAGGGGUGGCCACCUUUCAGGGGUCACCACUGGGCUCCAGGCACCCCCCCACCUCCAGGCUGCCUCAGUCCCCUGUAAGGACAGCCCUUCUACCUGGGGCUUUUGGGCAGUGGCUUGAGUCCGCUCUUCUGUUUUCAGGUUUAAGCCACAGAAACCGGCAAAGACGGGCAGGUGGGGCUUUCCAGAGGCCCAGAGGUCACAGGUGUGUACGGCAGGGUCCUGUACUCACUUCCAGACUGGGUGAUUAUUGUGCCCUAAAUUCCACCUGGAACCUCAGACUGUGACCUGUUUGGAGGACCUCCAAGGAAAUGUGAAACAGACGUGAUGUCUGGUAGACAGAAUACAGGCUCCCGAAGGCGUCGGCAUCCUAACCCCCGGAACCUGUGAGUGUGUGAUCUUCAUGAGAAAGGGACCUCGCAGCCGUGAUUAAGUUAAGGGUCUUGUGAUGGUGGAUUGUCCUGGGUUAUCUGGGUGGGCUGGCACUUAGAAGGGGGACAGAGGGUCAGAGGGGAGAGCCGGUGUUACGAUGCUGGGCUUGAGGAUGGGUGAGGGGCCUGGAACCAAGGGAUGCAGUGACCCCUGGAAUCUGGAAAAGGCAGCGAGCGGAUUCUCCCCCGGGGCCUCCAAAAGGAACCGGCCCUGUGGACACCGUGACUUUAGCACAGUGAGACCCAUUUCAGAGCUGAAGGGGGAUGAGUUUGUGCUGCUGUAAGCAAGUUAGUUCCAGUGGCCGCGGGAGACGCCAACAGGCGACACUGGCUGCCUAAUCCCAUUCCAGAGUUUCUGGGACCCGAGUUCUUGAACGCUACCAUUCUCACUGGAUGCUUCUUACUCUCUUCUGUGUGUUUUCCAUGAUUUUCUGUCUCUGUGCUUCACUCUUAGACUUUUCUUCCAACUCACUAAUUCUGUCUUUGCUGUGACUGAUUGGCUGCAGUCAUCGCCUCCCUCCUCUGUCUGUCUGUCUCUGUCUUUAUGUCUCUCUGUCUGUCUCUCUCUG